AGCUACCUUUGUGUGUUGCAUGUGCCAUUCUCCCCCCCCCCAACUUAUUUCUCACACUUCCCAUUAUAUUUUUAGCUUUCUUCCUUCAUCUCCAAAAGCUACUAUAUCUUAUGCUAGCUUUCUUCCUUCAUCUCUAUAUUGUAAACCCCAUAACCACCAUUCCACAAGUUGUGUAUGCACAUUUGAGAACAACAACAAUAUAAUACUCUCCAAUGGUGAGUGGUGAAUCUCCCCGAGAUUAUUUGGUCGGGUCGAAUCGAACCAUUCGAUCCGACCCGAUUUGCACGCACGAGGAGGGGAAGAGGGCAAAGAGGAUAAGGGGAGGAGGGGAUAACACCCGGCACCCGGUCUACCGCGGGGUGAGGAUGAGGAGCUGGGGGAAAUGGGUGUCCGAAAUCCGGGAGCCGCGGAAGAAAUCCCGCAUUUGGCUCGGGACGUUCCCGACGGCGGAGAUGGCGGCGCGUGCGCACGACGUCGCCGCGCUCAGCAUCAAGGGGGCCAACGCGACCCUCAAUUUCCCAGAUCUCGCCGGGUCGCUCCCCCGCCCUGUCUCGCUCAGCCCGCGGGACAUCCAGGCCGCCGCUACCAAGGCGGCGGCGAUGGUGGAGCUCGAUUUGCCGCCGUCCUCCCCCUCCACUUCCUCCGCCUCGGAGGAGGUGGAGGAGCUCGGCGAGAUUGUGGAGCUGCCGAGUCUCGGAACGAGUUUCGACUCGCUCGAGUUGGGAACCGAGGUCCUUUACGUUGACUCGGUGGACGGGUGGCUGUACCCGCCGCUUUGGAUGGGCGGCGACGACGGCGGCGGAGCUGGGAUUAUUUCAGGCGGCUUCGAAUCUUCUUCAUUCUGGAACUAUUAAUGGCUCUUUUUCUUUUGGCCCUCUAAAUUUUACUAUCCAUGGUACUAAAAGAUAAAGAAUUUGUAUUUCUCCCCCAUAAACUUUUUUAUAUGUAAUAAUAACCUCUUUAAUCAGCCUCUAAUAGUCUAAUGUACAGUCCUAAAGAAGGAAUGAACAAACUCCAUAAAUGAUUUCCAAUGCU